AUAUAUCAGUUGAAACUACUCGAUCAUGAUCACUAAAAUAACUUAAAAGACAUCACAGAACCUUUGGCACCACUUAAGAAAACAUUUAAGUGAUUUUAUAAUUGUAUAUCUAUAUUUAAGCUUGAGUGGGUUAGAGAAAGUCCAAAAUAGAUUCAGACUUUGUGCACCAUGUGCAAACUUGUGCAUCUUGUUUUUUGAACUCAGAAUCAUUGCUGUACAAUGAUUCGGUUAAACUAUCAUGGCGUUAACCUCAUGAUAAUUGUAUGCAAACUCCUGCCCACAACUGUAGUUCAAAGAUGGAUGUAACCAUCAAGACGUCAACUACUGGUUUGUAAGAUCCUUUUAUGGAGCCUUCAGCUGCCCUUGAAAAUGAGUACAUCACACAAUUAUUAUCUCACGUCUUUUGAUUGUCAAGACUUUAAUUAAAUCGCCAUAGUUAAGAAAAUUAACUAAUUAACUAACCAACGUGUUUCUCAAGCUUUUUUCAGUUCUAAGUCAAUACCAACAUUGUUUCUCACUGUGCUAUGCGACAGAUUGGUGUGCUGUCGAGGGUGUACUGUGCCUCUUGAUUAGCAGAAGGAAAUUGAUGUAUAGAUAGAUGGAUUUUCACUCUUUGAUAAAAGCAUUUGUUGGUCACAAAUGGCUCAAAUAUAAUUUGUACUGAGGAUUUUAACCACGUCUCAAUUUCUUCUGCUUUAAGUGAGUCUUGAGCCUUUAAAAGAAGAUGAAUGUAGUAGAAAGAUUGUUUUUCUCUUGUUUACUUAACUGUCAAGUUAGCUACCAGGAAAGUGCCUAACACAAAAAGAAAAUCACACAGUGCCCAGUGUGAUUUAGUAUAAAUCUUUGGCAAAAUUUUAACAGCCAUCUGUUUUUUGGCAGUAAUAGAAAUGCUCAGAUGUAUCAGAAUUGCUCCACAUUUGAUUGACAUAAGUCUCUUGGUAAAUAAGAUGACAUUUUUUCAGCCUGUCAGUUAUAGAACUUUUUCCUUUGUAUCCUAAAACUAAAUGCCAUUGUGAAAUAAUUGAAAGUGGCCAUAUAAGAGAUUUGCAUUUGAUGGUUUCACAGAAUUACUUAAAACAUACUUUAUCGAUAGUAUCUAAUAAAGUAAGCAUGUCAGUAGUUAGAUAAUAUUGUUGAUAUUUUUUCAUGUAUAAGAAUAAAAACCACCCAUCUUAUAGUAUGUUAAAGUAUUCACUCAAAUUUUUUAAAAAAGUACCGCUUACCCUUUUUGUGGUUAAGUGUGUCGUGUGAGGUGAUUGAGAAAAAUUGGUGAGUAUUGGGUUAUGUAGGUCAUGAUUAUGUGGUGGCCUCAUUGGGUGUUAGAGGUGAUCUGAGGCAGAGGGAAGAAGUGCCCUUUAUGGGUGGCAGAGUAGUAGAUCCACUGUGGAGGUGUCUGGCUGUCUGCCCAGACAUGCCAUGUGGGCUUCAGAUGGCUGGAUGAAAUGAAAGGAGAGAGGGGCACACACUCUCUAGCUGCUGCUGAUCACGAACAGCAGUUUUGUGACUCGUUUACUUUGCGUAAAGCUUUUCUUUGUUUCUUUUUUUUUUUUUUUUUUUUUUCCACAUGUUCUGGCUGUUUUUCUGUGUGUUUUCUUAUCUUACACAUUAAAAGAAGUUUUUUUUUUGUGGUUUGCUGGUAGUUGACAUACCAGCACACAGAAUAGUAGACCUGCCACCAGGACAACUAAAGCCUCUUGCUGCUUUCUCAGGAUAUGAAAGAGACCACCAGUGACAUCAGAGAGACUGAACUAGGCUAAUGAAAUCUCCAGAUGCCAGCCUUCACCACAGCCACUUUGAUUAGUCAGGUUUGUUCUGUUAAUGGGCUGUGACAUGUUUCGUACCUGUAAGAUUGUGCGUGUCAUGCUUAAAUGUGACGAUAUGUCAAGUCAUAUCUUUAUCCUAAUGAAGUGAUCAGAUUGGGAGCAGCUAGUGAAGACAGCUUUUUUGCCCUUAUCUGUGUUGUUGUCAUUGCUGAGCUUCUGUGAACCAAGAGCACGAUCCUUUCAGUCCUUGUCGUGGGAAAGACUGAAAGACUGAAAUUACAUCGCUCUCAUGGUGGACUAUUUUGAGCUCCCAAAGAGAGUGGCAGAGGGCAGGCGGCAGGUUCUAGUGACUCGUCCAUACUUAGAGCAAGAGAACCCCUCUUGUCCCUCCAGCCUUCAACUUUUUACUGCUCAAACACUUUGCGAUCUUAAGGAGGAGAGAAGUGGAAGAAUGCUGUGUGCCACAAUGUCAGAUCUGGAGCCUGAUGACAACACAUCAUUUUAUAUCUUGAAUGUGGGCCAGCCCCAGUCUGUGGUCACUAACCACCAGUCUAUGAGCUUGCCUCGCCAUGGCAUGCCAUCUCACUCCCCGAUCAUCAACACUUCACGCCUUCAGACACAAAAACCAGGAUCUGAGCCCCCAAGCUAUGAUACACAAGACUCUAAGUAUGGUACCUCCCCCAUGCUGCCUUCUGCUCCUGUGGAGGCACCAAAGGCCUUUGAGUGCCCAAGUAUCCAGAUCACAUCUAUCUCCCCAAGCUGCCCGCAGGAGAUGGAUACUAACCAGGAGGAUCUAAGGGCCAAUGGCCCUGAUGGGGACUACCAUAGUGACAGGCCCUUGUCCAGGGACCACCUGUAUUUGCCACUGGAUCACUCCUACCGGGAUUCUUCUCUCAGCCCUAGUCCAUGCAGCAGCCUCUCAUCUAGGAGCUGGUUCUCUGAUGCCUCCUCUUGUGAAUCAUUUUCACAUGUCUAUGAUGAUGUUGACUCAGAGCUGAAUGAAGCAGCAGCCCGCUUUAACCUGGGCUCCCCUCUCACUUCCCCAGGCUGUCCCUCUCCUCAAACUGGUGGAGGUGGAGUUAUGGAGGAGCAGCCCCACUGGCAGCACCACCAGCCCACAUUUGUGCACCAGUCCCACUCCAUCAGCUUGUCUCCUAGACAGUCGCCCUGCCACUCGCCGCGCACCAGUGUCACUGAUGAGAACUGGCUCAGCCCACGUCCACCUUCCAGGCCUUCCUCACGUCCCACCUCACCCUGUGGGAAGAGGCGUCACUCUAGCGCUGAUAUUUGCUAUCCUGGCUCUUUAUCUCCCCAUCACUCACCCACACCCACGCCGGGACCUUCACCUAGGGGCAGCGUGACAGAGGACACUUGGGUUGGCAGUCCUUCUGUAGGCAUGUCACCAUUUCAGUGCUGCCCAUCAGAGGCAGACAUCCCUUCCAAGACCAGAAAGACCUCACAGGACAGAACAACUAUGCAGACCGGGAAAGGGGAACUGGGACUAGAUGACCAGGGAAAUAUGUCUCCUAAUCUAGACUCCCCUUCAGACGAGGCCUUGCACAGCUUGAAGAAGGAUGGGCCUGCUGAACAGUUCCUCUCGGUGCCCUCGCACUUCUCAUGGAAUAAACCCAAGCCUGGUCAUACACCUAUAUUCAGGACCUCUUCACUGCCUCCUCUAGAUUGGCCGCUGCCAAGCCAGUUUGGCCAGUAUGAACUGAAGAUAGAGGUACAACCCAAAGCCCACCACAGAGCACACUAUGAGACUGAAGGCAGCCGAGGGGCCAUCAAAGCAGCAUCCGGUGGCCAUCCAGUUGUAAAGCUAAUUGGCUACAAUGAGAAGCCCAUCAACCUGCAGAUGUUCAUUGGAACAGCAGAUGACCGUUACUUGAGGCCGCACGCCUUCUACCAGGUGCACCGGAUCACUGGGAAAACCGUAGCCACAGCCAGCCAAGAAAUUAUGGUCUCAAGCACCAAAGUUCUCGAAAUUCCUCUCCUCCCUGAAAACAACAUGUCAGCCAGUAUCGACUGUGCUGGCAUACUUAAGUUGCGGAACUCAGACAUUGAGCUGCGGAAGGGGGAGACGGAUAUCGGAAGAAAGAACACACGGGUCCGCGUGGUGUUCAGAGUGCACAUCCCUCAACCCAAUGGGAAGGUGCUGUCGCUGCAGGCUGCCUCCAUUCCUGUGGAGUGUUCCCAGCGGUCAGCUCAGGAACUACCCCAGGUGGAGAAAUCCAGCCUGACCAGCUGUCUGGUCAGCGGGGGAGAAGAGAUGGUCAUCACUGGUGCCAACUUUUUCCCAGAGUCUAAGGUCAUCUUCCUGGAGAAAGGCCCUGAUGGACGACCACAGUGGGAAGUUGAGGCAAAAAUAAUCCAUGAGAAAACUCAAGGUUCAUGCAUUGUGGUGGAGGUCCCUCCGUACCACAGUAAGAGCGUGAGCUCAGCCGUGCAGGUGCAGUUCUAUGUCUGCAAUGGCAAGCGGAAAAGGAGCCAAUCACAACGCUUCACUUACCUUUCAGUUAUGGUUAAACAGGAGCACAGAGACGAGCUGGACCUUCCUGCGGUACCUCCUAUUUCCAUGCCCCGGGCACCUGCUGGCAGUCUGGUGCGCACCCAGCUGCCUUCUCCUGAGCUGGGCCACCCAUCGGAUAACCUUCUGUCCAGCUCCCCUCACGGCCUGGCCACGGGCUCCGGACCUGGCCUGCUACCCGUGCAGACCCCCUGCCCCUCCCUGGGCUCCCCAUCUUUCCAGCACCUGCCCCAGCUCCAGGGUCGCAUUUUGCAUCACCCCCCUGCAGACUGCCAAAUGACGUACCACCCGAACUCUGCUCCCCUUUCUGUUCCUCCUCAUUCUUCCUACCAGCCCAUGCAGCACAGUCAUGGUCACAGCCUGCCCUUCAACGGCCAGCCCAGCCUUUCUCCUCAGGGCUAUGAGAGGAUGCCAUUUCAGCAGAGCCCCAGUGCAACAUCACACCCAAUGGGCAUGGGAAUGUUGUACCCCUCCUCCCCUUGUUCCUCACCAACGGCUCCAUCCUCUUCAACAACCAACCCCAUUGAGGGUUCCCCACAGAGCCAGCAACCCCUCUUUCCUCCCUCAUGCUCACAUCUCCAAACGCUGGGAAGCUAUCACUGCUCUCCCACCCAGGUGCCCUCCCCAGGUGGACACCCCCUAACAGGGCAGCACUCCACACCACUGCAAAGGGCCAUGGGCUAUCACCCAGUUAGUCAAAGAUCAGCAUCAUGUCCCACAACGUCCAGCGCCCCUCCUCCAAGGAUGGUCCCCUCUCCCCACUCUGGGCCUUCUUCUCCUCAGCUCCACUCAUUGCCGUACCAGUCUCCCACCUCAUCUUCACCCACCUCAGGCGGCAGCCCCCUGGGGCCACUCCAACAGCAACAUUCAGGACAACUUUCUCCCCAGGCUACAAGCCCAGUCAUGACUAGCCUUUCUCCGGCAGGAGUGGGGCCUCUGGUUCAUCCUCUAAGCCCUCAGGGGCCCUUCCAAUCAGAUGGGGAGAGGCUGAGUAUUAAACAGGAGCCAGAGGACAGGGAGCCCACCUUCCGCUCCAUUGGCUUACAGGACAUCACACUGGAUGAUGUGAAUGAGAUCAUCGACAGAGACAUGUCCCAGUCCCCCAACCAGUCGUAGCUCGGCCCUUGCGCCAAUCCCCUGCAACUCGUAAAUCCUGCCACUUCCUCACCUCCAGUAUGGACCCAGGUGCCGGUCCGGGUGCUGGUCCUGAUGGAAGAAGGGGGUUGAAGAGAGACGAUUGUUGUCAACGGCUGAAUACAGUUGGGAGAGUCUGUUCCAAACCACAAGGAUUUGCAAGUUCACCAGCCUGAAGAAGACACUCGUCUGAUUUCUUUUAAAACUGUUUGUCCUGUGUAGAGAAUUUGAUGCUGAACUACACAGAUUAAAAAAAAAAGUGAGCAGGAGGAUGUUGUAGCCAUGCCAAGUUAGAGCCAGGGUAAAAACUGUCAGAGAACAAUAAGAAACCGUUAAAAAAAACCUUCUUUUUCUUCAGCUCUUUAAUGAUCAGGGCUGUCUGUGACCCUUCAAAGCACCCAGUCUUCCUGACCAAUCAGUUCUCACCUCUGUGAGUCUUGAGCACUCAACUUUUUUAAGUUUGUCUACAAGAGACAACUUAAUGCGCUGUCGUCGCCCUCUCACCAGCAUUGACCUUUCUUAUGAGAAUAAGAGAUGCUCAGUAGUGCACAAUCACAAUGAGCCAGAAGGCUGUGGCAGUGCUCUCAGUGUUGCCAAUUUCUCAGGCAACACUCUUAAGCACCAGGGUGCUAUAAAAUAUUCAGGGUUAAUUGAACAUCAGCAAAAGUGUGGCAGAACAAUUAAGAGGUGAAAUUGGCUUAAUAAUGAUCAGAACACCCAUAAUUAUUUCAGAAAAAGCUUUGCUAGCCAAGCUUUGCUGUCAGGCUGAGUGAGUAAAAUUUGCUGUAAUGAUGAUGUCCACUCUUCCCCCCCCCCCUUCUUUUCCCUCCUGUAAAUGAUGAAAAUAUUCAGAUUUAGAGGAGCGGGGUCCUGGCAGGUAGAACGAGCUCUUGUGGCACCGGUCUCUUUCGGAUCUGCAACAUUCCACAACUUUUUGUAAUCUUGCAGCCGUGUAGAUAUCUGUACAUUAAUUCCCAUA